ACCAAAGCUACUGCACGCGCAUCCGCGCAGCAGGUCUGGUUCUUGUUUUCGAAGAGCAAAGAGAAAAUAGCAGAUGAUGUGUGACAGCAGCAAAAUACCGUCACUUCGGGAACAAAUUUCUGAGGACUGCUACACCGAGGUUUUCGUCGUGAAAACGCCGAGAUGCGGAAGCUUAAAUGUACACGUGCAGGGUGACCUUUCCACUGUAAACCCCAGAAAACCAAUCUUUCUGACUGUGCACGAUGUGGGCUCAACUUACUUGGACUUUGUCCAGUUUGCAGCCCAUCCUUGCAUGACACGUGUUUGUGAGAAGUCUGUGUUUCUUCACAUUGAAGUUCCUGGACAAGCAUACAAUGCUUCAGACCUGUCAGAAGACUACAAGUUUCCAUCCAUGGAUGAUCUCGCUCAGGAUUUGGCUGAUGUGUUGCACUACUUCAAGGUUCCAUACUGCGUUGCUCUUGGUGAAGGAGCAGGGGCAAACAUCCUUGCUAGAUUUACGACGAGUUGUCCAGACCUUGUUUUGGGAUCCAUCUUGAUUCACUGCUCUUGCACAGAAGCAAGCUUGGUGGAGCUCUUCAAUUACCAGGUUGUCUACUGGUAUCAGGGUGGCAAGAAAUCUGGUCCACCACCUAUGGAACACUUUCUUGUGUUUCACAAGUUUGGCAAGGUUCUUUCUAAGCUGCUGGAACAGAGUGGACUCUCACAGCUUGUGAACACGGAUGAAACAUCUGGUAAAGUGGCUCAGGGAAACUCUGCACUCAGCUAUGCUGAAAGCGUGAGGCAAAAAGUCAAUCGAAAGAAUUCAAGUUUCUACAUACAAGCUUACCUCACUCGAAGUGACAUCUCAAGCUCCUUGAAGAAAAACCUUAAAACCGACAUACUGCUGGUGACAAGCAGUACACAAGCGCAUGCAGACACAACACAGAACACUUACAGCAAAAUUGAUCCCGCAAAGGCUGCCUUGCUCAAACUUGAUGAUGUUGAAGACAUCCUCAGUGAUGCACCCGAGAAGCUUGCAUAUAGCCUUGUGUUAUUCUGCCAAGGCUUAGGCUUACUGAGCUCAUUGCCAAUAACUACCCUGACAUCUCUACUGAAAUAGACGGAAACAUGUGGAUUUUGCCAACAAGUUUUGCACGUAUCCUGCUUGAAGCGUUUAAACAGAAGGUGCUGGUGUUAUUCAAGAAUGUUCGUCACAAUGUUGUUUCACAGUUGUUCCUCCAUAACCGUUUCCUAGUGAGAAGGGCUGUGAGCAGCAGGCAGACUAAAUCUAAUCAAUGGAUUAUGUUUACUGCAGUGCACAUUAAUGCAGCUUACUUCCUUAAAGCUCAUUCAUUGUUUGACUUUAUAGAGCAAGUGGCUUGGUCAAUACUUGUUUACCGAAAGUGUAUUUGGUCUUAUUUAGCUAACAGGCCUCCUCUUUUUGUAUCCUGGGCAUCAAAAGCUGUCAAGAAUGCUAAUGUAAUGAGAGCUCAUUACAUUUGAAGGUUGCAAGCAGUUAUGAGACAGGCACAGCCUGCCCGCAGACAUUUUUUUCUUGGGUCAUACAGCAUAAAAAAAGGACUUUGUUCUGCACUGUACUAUAUUAGCACACAAACGUGCUGUGCUUUUAUUUCAACCCACAGUGACACCAGAGGUUACAAAGGACACAGCUUGUGAUGUUUUCAGACAUACUAGAUGAAACUUUCAGCACUAGCAUUUUGGAACACUUCAUGCCAUGUACAACACAGCAACCUACCACAACACUAAGGGUCUAGUAGUAGUGGUGCAUACUUUGUGGGCAUAGAUUGCGUUAUUUUUCUCAGGAGUUUGCUUCUUGUGCACCUCCUAAUUAUUUCUUUUUGCCUUUACGGUACAGACAAGUGACCUGCAUUCCCAAGUGCACCAUCCAAAUGAGUGUACUGUAAUAGUGAUAUGUGUGACUGCAAUUUCUGUAAAGGGUCACCACUAGGACCUGCAAAAUGUUAAUAAAAUAAAUGUGCAUAAGACCAA